AUGUACAGCUUGGGUAGAAGACUGUUGUUAUCGAGAAUCGCCUUUGUACCAACAUCUCGAAACCUAUUUUCGGGCUCUGUGUCUUUGAAGAAUGUAACUAAAGACGAAGGGCCCUCAGCAGACAGCAUUUCAAGUGUUGAUAAGACGAAAUCCAAGAAAGACUUUGAUGCGAUCGAAAAGUUCUUUCAACAAGAUUUUAAUAACUCCGAAGAUGGCAAUCUAAACGAUGUAUUCCAAGAUAUAAAACUUGAAAGUGUAAGCGAUAUCUUCAAUGUAGGCAAAAAAGAAAGUAAAGUUGACAAUGAGCGAGACCACAAAGGAGGUAAAUUGAACGAUUCAACGUUUGAUUUGUUUGAAAAGUUGGGCAACUUGUCGUCUACUGAACAAAAUAAUGAAGAGCUCGGCGUAGAAGAUCUUGAGUCUAAGUAUAUCCAUGAGGAGCAGGAAACUAUGCUAAAUAUUUUCAACAAGUAUUUGGGGAACCAAGACUUGAGCUAUAAAGAUAAGGAAGGGACCAAGCCUUAUACCAAGACUGAACUGAUUAAUGAAAUGAUCCAGAUGUAUUCAGAUAAUGAAUUAUCUGCGCCAGUGACUGAAGAUCCAAUGAGAAAAAGAAGUAGUAUAGAUAUCUCACUUGAUUUUGAUAGACAGAUUGCAGAUUCGCUAAAGCCCUCCAUUAAACUAAUUGAAAAUGAUCUCAACUUGUGGCAGCUGUAUCAGUUUUUCGAAUCUCUUCAAACGAAAUGGAAACUUAUAAACAAUGAAGAGAUGUAUUUGAGAGAUAUCAUGAGGGAUUCCAGCAAGAAGAAGGAACAAUUAUUGUACAAUAUACUCGAGCAAUCUACCAAUAGUCCUGGUGAGCCGAUCAUAAACGUUUUUACUUUGCCCAUACUCUUCAAUAAACUCAUCAAAACCAUCGCAUUUAAGUUCCAAGACCCACAAUUGUCCCUGACAUUGUUCAACUUAUUGAAGAAAGAUCUCAACUUCUACACGAUAUGCUGCAACCAACAGACAUACAAUGAGAUAUUGAGAAUCAACUGGAUUUUCAAUGGCAAGUCUAACUUGUACGGGAUUGAAAUGAUCUUGCUUGAAAUGAUAAACAAUGGAUUCUUAGGAGAUUUGAUUACGUUCAACUUGUUGGAAAUGAUAAUUGUGGACUACCACAAUAUGAAGAUGGGGAUUGAUUUGCAUGAAAGUAAGAGGGUGAGGCCAAUAUGGAACCUUGAAGAUGAUAAGAGAGUGCAGAACUUAGAGAGAAAGUUUCACGAGAUGGGAGGUAGAUUGAGGAAUGACAGAAGAUGA